UUAAGGAUAUGGUGUGAUGUUAUUGUGCAACAUAAUAUGGAGCAUUGGCAUUUGUAUGGAGGACUUGGAUACGUUUGUUAUUCGAAAAUUUAGGUGUCCCCACGUCCCACAGUUCAAGACCGUAGGUCCAGAUGGGUUUUGGGAGUAUGGUAUAAUAAAAAUUAGUCUUCGUGUUCUUUCUGCUUUAAACGAAAUGUUUUGAAAUGAUUUUUGGAACGGAUUACUGUUGAAAGACAUUGAUUUCUAUAAAUAAUAUAUAACAUUUUAACCAUAUUGAAGUUGACUUAAGAGUUUUGCCCACUGACAUCAACAAUUGCAU